AGCCUCCCUUGGCCUCCGCCCCCGGGGAGCGGCCGGGCCCGGUGCGGGGCUGCGGGGGCCGCUAGGCCCCGAGGUCAUCCUGCCUGGGUUUUGCCGUCUGUCCAGAUCCUUCCCGGGCCUACGGGGGCGUCGCCUCGCACUCAGACCAUGGGAUGCGGCAGGUCAACCCCGCACCCCCGGGCCUUCCCCAAAAUUGAAACAACCUUCAAGGCCGCCAUCUUGAUCCAGAAGUGGUACCGCCGCUCCCUGGCCCGCUUGGAAAUGAGACGCCGCUGCACGUGGAGCAUCUUCCAGUCCAUCGAGUAUUCCGGAGAGCAGGAUCAGGCCAAGCUCCGGGACUUCUUCAGCUACCUCAGGGACCACUUCAACCCAAGCAGCCGUGAGGACAGGGACUUCAUUAACUGCAUAAUCUCAGAGGAGAAACCCACCCGGACCUUCAAGAUAAAGGAAUGUUGCCUGUACGAAUCCAUCGAGGUGCCCGACUCGUACACGGGGCCUCGCCUUUCCUUCCCUCUCCUUCCUAGCCAGGCAGCUGCCUUGGUGGAAGCUUUCAAAAGCAAACAACAGCUCCACGCUCGCUACCUCUUAAAUCUCCUGCACGAGACCCAGAAGCAGCUCUCCAGGAUGCCGAACAUCAACCACGUCCUGACCUGCUACAGCGGGGAGGUCACGGUGUGCGGAGACCUGCAUGGCCACCUGGAUGACUUAUUUCUCAUAUUUUACAAGAACGGCCUCCCGUCCCCCGAGAGAACGUACGUGUUCAACGGCGACUUCGUGGACAGGGGCAAGGAUUCCGUGGAGGUUUUAAUCCUUCUCUUCGCCUUCAUGUUGGCCUACCCAAACGUGAUCUACCUGAACCGAGGCAACCACGAGGACUACGUGGUCAACCUCCGGUACGGUUUCACCCGCGAGGUGAUGGGGAAGUACAAGAAACACGGCAAGGGGAUCCUCACCAUGGUGCAGAACGUGUUCUGCUGGCUGCCCCUGGCCACGCUGAUCGACGAGAAAGUCCUGGUCAUCCACGGCGGGGUGUCGGACCAGACCGAUCUGGAGCUGCUGGACCGUCUCAACCGGCACGAGUUUGUUUCCGUCAUGCUGUCCAAGAGGAAGAGGAACGUGAAGCGGGUGAAGAAGAGAAAAACCAAGCGGGAAAGCGCUUUGGUCAGAGGGCCUUUUCCUCUUCCUCCCCAGAGGUUCUCCAUCCCCGCCUCCCCCGUCCACCCCGGCUCUCCCGAGGUAGGACAGCCGGCCCGGGGCCCCGGCGGCUUCCUGCCCCACGUCCACCCCGGCUCUCCCGAGGCGGAGCGGUCCGCCGGUGCCCCUAGCAGCUUCCUGCUCUCCUUCCACCCUGGCUGUCCAGAGGCAGGCCAGCCUGCCGGUGUCCCCGGCGGCUUCCUGCCCCCCCUCCACCCCGUCUCUCCCGAGGCGGAACAGUCCGCCAGCGACCCUAGCAGCUUCCUGUCCCUCAUCCCCUCCAACUCCGCCGCGGAGCAGCCGUCCACCAGCGACCCCGGCAGCUUCCUGUCCCUCGUCCCCUCCGUCGCUCCCGAGGCGGAACGGACCGCCACUGACCCCGGGAGCCUCUGGGCCCCCCGCCACCCCACCUCUCCCACGGAGGGCCGGCCAGCCAGCGUCCCCGGCAGCCUCCCGGGCGACCGGAAGGUCGUCCCCUUGGACGUCCCGAAGUCGAUCGAGGAAGCGCUGGAGAGAUGUCGCCAGAAGGCGGGCUUCCCGGAGGGCAGAGAGGAGGAAGAGCAGGAGGAGGAGGAGGAGGAGGAGGCCGAGGAGGAGGCGAAAUCCACCGUCUCCCAGUCGGAAUCAGAACAGGAGACCAGAGAGCAGCUAGAGACCAGCCAGAGGGAGUGGAAGCAGGUUAUAGAUAUCCUUUGGAGCGACCCCAUGGUCCAGGGCGGUUGCAAAGCCAACGUGGUGCGAGGCGGAGGCUGCUACUUCGGCCCGGACGUGACCGAGCGGCUGUUCCGGAAGUACGGCCUGCAGUUACUGAUCCGCUCCCACGAGUGCAAGGACGAAGGCUACGAAUUCUGCCACGGCCGCAAGGUGCUGACGGUUUUUUCUGCCUCCAACUACUACGAGGAUGGCAGCAACUGGGGGGCCUACGUCAAACUGGGGCCGGACCUGGUCCCCCACAUCGUGCAGUACCGAGCCCACAAAGACACCCACUUGCUAACUAUGCGACAGAGGGUGAACUACGUGGAGGAGUCCGCUCUGGGGGCUCUGAGGGUGAAGCUGUUUGCUCACUCCACCGAGCUCCUCAGGGUGUUCCAGACCUACGACCCGAAGACAACCGGUCUCGUCAGUCUCCAGGACUGGGCGGCAGCUGUGGAGACGGUGCUGCAUUUAGGGUUACCCUGGCGCAUGCUCAGGGACCGGCUGGUGCACGGCAGCCCGGCCAGCCACCUGGAGUACAAGCCCUGGCUGGACGGUUUGGUCAAGGAGCAGCCCGGCCACGAGCACGUACAGCACAGCCUCUUGGAAAUACUUUAUAGAAACCGGUCGAACCUGGAGACCAUAUUCAGGAUCAUAGACAAGGACCGUUCAGGGGUCAUCUCGUUCGAUGAAUUCGAGCACGCCUGGAAGCUGUUCGGCUCGCACAUGAACCUGGAGAUCACGGACGACACCAUCUCCUCCCUGGCCCGGAGCAUCGACUUCAACCGGGACGGAAACAUCGACAUCAAUGAGUUCCUGGAGGCCUUCCGCCUGGUGGAACAGUCUUGCCCGGGAGAUCGAUGCCCCGGGAGCCAGCAGGCGGUAGAGCAGGGGCAGCAGUGACGACCGGUCCCGGCCUCCGCCGACCGACCGAAAGGGACCCGUCCCCCCCACGGUGUCUUGGGACGGCGUCCCUUCCCGGCCGCUCCGUACCGAUCGCCCGAGAGUUCGGAUUUGAGGGGGACCGGAUUCCGGGGAACCCGGCGGAUCCCGACGGCUCCCGGUCGGCCCCGAGGGGGGAGGGGCCCCGGGCGGCGAGCUGCCGGACGCUGGAGCCGAAGCCUGGAGCGGAAAGCGGGGCCCCGUCCGAAAGAGCCACCUUCUUCCCGCAGGGUUUUCCACGGGGGAGGAGGCGGCCCGCUACCUAGGCAGACGGAGGAGGGCUGAACUCCGGCCGUGGCUUUGAAGGGAGGCGCAAUAAAACCCGUUCAUGGAAA